AUGACGGCCAGCGACGAAUCACGCCCUGGGCCUCCCAACCAAGAACAUUUGAUUGACGAGAAGCUUGCAGCAUUCCGUGAUUCCGCCAUAACCGUUCAACGCUCAGUAAAUGUAGAUUCCAUAUCUUCAUCUCAUGUCACGUUGACCACAAGUUUCAAUACUCAUAUUAAUGGAGAGAACAGCGCCAUGAACGCCCGUGGGGAAAAAGUAAUCAACGAGGUCGCUGAACCCAUCGUGAACCCCGUCCCUCCCAAAGUUUUCCACUUUCCUCCAAUCGAUUCGUCCCUAUAA